AUGGAGAAGAAACUUAAUCAGUGCGAUUUCUGCGACAAGUCGUUCUCUAAAAGUACCAAUUUGACAACGCAUCGACGCACGCACACUGGUGAAAAACCGUACGCGUGCGAUGUAUGUGAAAAGUCGUUCUCCGAAAGUAGCCAAUUGACGAAACACAAGCGGACUCACACUGGAGAAAAACCGUACGCGUGUGAUGUAUGCGAAAAGUCGUUCUCUACAAGUAGCAAUUUGACGAUACAUCGACGCAUGCACACUGGAGAAAAACCGUUCCCUUGUGAUUACCGAUUUGACGAUACAUCGACGCAUGCACACUGGAGAAAACCGUUCACUUGUGAUGUAUGUGAUAAGUCGUUCUCUAAAAGUGGCAAUUUGAUAGCACAUCGACGCAUGCACACUGGAGAAAAACCGUACGCGUGUGAUGUAUGCGAAAAGUCGUUCACUGAAAGUGGCAGUUUGACGAAACAUCGACGCACGCACACUGGAGAAAAGCCGUACGCUUGCGAUGUAUGCGAAAAGUCGUUCUCCAGAAGUACCGAUUUGACGAUACAUCGACGCAUGCACACUGGAGAAAAACCGUACGCGUGUGAUGUAUGCGAAAAGUCGUUCUCUGAAAGUGGCAGUUUGACGAAACAUCGACGCACGCACACUGGAGAAAAGCCGUACGCUUGCGAUGUAUGCGAUAAGUCGUUCUCCAGAUGUACCGAUUUGACGAUACAUCGACGCAUGCACACUGGAGAAAAACCGUACGCGUGUGAUGUAUGCGAUAAGUCGUUCUCUGCAAGUAGCAAUUUGACAAGACAUAAGCGUACGCACAUGGCACACUGA